AUGCCUGCGGUUUCUAAUGUCUUUGUCGAUGCAAGGGCUGUGACGGGGCUUGGAAACGAAACUGGUAGUCCACUACAAAUGAUUUGUGCCUGGCCCGUCUCUGGCCAAUACGGUACUGGAACACGCGUUCUAUACUACGUCCUUAUUGCCGCGUGUCUUGUUGCGCGGAGAGAAGAAUGGCUAGUAAAUCCUUGUUUGGCUGCGGCAUUGGUGCUGCCGGCUGUUGCUGCGAUUCAUGGCAUCGUCUUGACAGCGAUGCAUAAUCCCAAUGCUGUGGAUAUGGACAUCUAUGGAGCUUUUCAGCUGUGCGCAAUUGGCAUUCUCGCCGCCCCGGUGACAGUUAUGAUGUCAAAAACAUACUUCAAUGACCCUGGAAGAAACACCAUCUUUCUUUGGACAUUCCUACUUCUGAUCGGUCUCUUGAGUAUGACUAUCGAAUUCUACCGCAUAGAAACACACGAUUGCACCAAAGACGCCACAGGAAACCCCGUUUCGAACAUCGCCUCAGACUUCAACUAUAUCGAUGGAAACAAUUGCGGUCUCAUCUGCUCUACCCAAAAUGGUCCUACAUCGCCCAUGAGAGGUGGAUCAGCUGACAACAUAUACGUCAUUCCCGCACCGCACACACUUACUUUCAGUGCUGCAACUCUUCUUGCUGCUGCAUGCUGUGUGCAUGCUGUUCUUUGUCUGGUGUCCAUGUGGGACAGAGUACUAGAGAUCAACUGGCGGCGACGUUUUGGACGACAGGAGGAAGAGGACAAUGCGAAUGAAGAGGAAGAUUCCAACAAGGGCGUCAUGAAAACGGUCAAUGAUACGAUUGGCUUCUUCUUGAGGAUACUGGCUGUUCCUGUUUUUGGGGGCGCCGGGUUGGCCAUCCUGAUUGUGGGGGAGAUUAACUUCUUCAGUCCUCAGGUGAAUUACCAAACUGAACCCAUGGCCAAUAUUGGACAAUGGGCUCCGGUCACAGGUACUGCAAUGGCUAUGAUCGGAUCGUUGUAUCUCCUACUUGCCCGACAUGCAGAAGAAGCAGGCGAUCCAUACACACCACACAAAUGCAAUUGUCCUCAUUGUCAUAUCGACAACAGCGCACGGCACAGUCAGGUUUCGCAUCACGACAGCAUGUCUUCGUUGAACAGUCGACAAGCUGGUCCUAGUCUCUCAGUUACAGAAACCCACCCAACUGUGACAACCACUCAACUCUCACCCAACACAGAUCUCACUCGUCCUCGGUCAUCAAUAUCAUUGCAACAUCGAGAACCAUCACUAGAAGGACACCAAAUUACCAACAUCCCGACAAGAAACCCUUACAGGCAAAAGAUCGAGAAUGCAUUCUUCCGAUUUGGCGAGAUAAUCGGGACUCCACCUCACGACUUUAUUACAGAACCCAAGGUUCGAAAACCAGAUCAUGUUGACCUGCCAAUGAUUCCAGGAGAGCGGUAUCGCAAUUUGCGAGUAUCAGCGGUGGAAAGGGAGAGAGAUUUACAAGAAGAUCAUGAAGAGGAAGUUGCUUCAAUGAGAUCAAGAUCCAGCAGUUUUCGCAUAAGCGAAGUUUCUCCACCCCACGUUGAGAGAUGUACAUCACUACCAGUCGCGCCACCGGCCGCAAUGAUAAGAGCGAGAUCGAGAUCAAGAUCAAAUACAGGACCCAGAACUAGAUUGACAUCUUUUAAUCACCAAUCAUCAUAG